AUGAGAUCUCUCCUGUUGUUCUGCCUGCUGUGUUUAGUGUUCUGUGGAUAUGUUGAGUCUAUUGGCUCGGUUGGGACUUUCUCCACAGCACUGAGUCAUGUGAUAGGGAUGUCAUCGUCGGGGGAGGGGCUUCAGAGUGCAGUGGGAGAUGAAGUGGAGUUUGAAGAUGAUGAUGAUGAAGAUCUGUCAGGAGGAGUUCAUGCUGAAAAUACUCUACCCAAAGUUCAGCAUCAGUUUAAAGGAGGAGAACACGGAAAAGGCAGGAAAAAAGGGAGGAAGCACAAAGGGAACAAGAGGCACAGGACGAACGGCACCACUGCCUACACCCCCAGUCAGAGACACCACACACACAGCCCCAGCACCACCACACAGGACCCCUGCAGCUCCACCCACCAGGACUACUGCAUCCAUGGACACUGUGUGUAUAUGGAAAACCUAAAGGAGCCCAUCUGUAUCUGUAUGAAGGGUUAUGACGGAGAGCGGUGUGGGCUCCACUUGCUGAAGACAGGACAGAAGGAAACAGAUCAAAGCAGUGCUGAACUGGUCCAAAUGGUUCUGGUCGUCAUCGCUGUGGUUUUAUCUGUGAUCAGCUGCUGUGCUAUCGCCCUCAUGAUCUGUGUUCAGUAUAAAACACACCGCAGCUUCCAAGCAGCUUACUUAAGUCCCAGUGAUCAGAAUGAGAAACUCCAAAAACCCACCAACAAUGUCAUGGUGUGA